GCAAUUAGUUUUAAUUAAAAAGCGAGCGCGUUUAUUAAAAUAAAAUACAAAACAAGUAACAGCAAGAACAGAAAACGCGCAAAGUAAUUAAAAUUAAUGAACAAAAUUUACGUUUUUUUUUAAUAUUUAGAAAAAGGUAGACAGAAAACGUAGAAAUUACCGAGUAAAAAGUGGUGUUGUUGUGUUAUUUAAUUAAUAUAAUUUAAUAUUUGUUGGAUUUUGUUUAUAUGUAUAAAAAUCAGCUGUUUGACUGAUUUUUAAAGAGAAAUUUAGUUUGCAGUCUUCUACGUCAUACGUUUAGAUGAGUGUUAAAAGCGCGUGCUUGUGAAUGUCAAAAAAGUUCUCUUGUCUGUGAGUGUAAUUAUUGUAUGCCUUGCAAAAAGUCUAUCAAUAUGAGUAAUUCAUUUGACAUAGCAACCCCAGUAGUAACAGCAUUAGACGUUACAAAUGGUAAAGAGUUAAAUAGGCAAAAAGCCUACAACUCCCCCAGAUCAACAACAACAACAACGCAGUGUGAAAUACACAAGGACAAGAAUAAUGAUGACGAGUACUCCAAAGCUCAACAACCAAGUCAAAUUACUCUCCAACAAAUUAAGAAUAAAAAGCAACAGCAAAAUCGGCGAGAAGAUACAACGAAAGCUGCAGGAGUAAAUAAGAAAAUCCACCAAGAUGAUGGUGAUGACGACGAUGAUGAAGUAAGUGAAGAAGCUUUGGAAUCAAAUGAAAAUGAACACCUGCUUGGCGGUCAAGAGCAACAGCAAGCAAUGAAAAAUAGUGCAACAGCAGCAGCUCGUGUUAAUUUGAACGAAACAUCAUCCACAGCAACUUCAGAUGUGAGGAGAGCUAAAUACAAACGAUAUCGUGAAGAUGAAGAAGCUGAUAACCCCAACAAGCAUCCAACAAAUCCUUUAGGCAGCAGCCAAAGCUUUAUUACUAGCACUAAAACCAUAGCAGAAGACAUAGAUUUGAAAACACAUUGCAAAUUAGAAUUGCACAAAUUCCCCAAGGAGAUGACGCAAUCUCAAAACAACAUUAAUGAACAAAACGGUUCAACUAUAAUUCUAACUCCAACACUAUUAACUCCAACCACAGACGGUCAACAUGGUUUUACAAAUAUUGGAGGUACUACUGCUAGUGGAGGAGGUGAUGGGGGAGAAGGUGCUGCUGCCACAAAUGUUGCCGCAUUCCAUGACGAUGUUUAUAAGGGACCAAAAAUCUGGCAAUAUCUAGUUCGCAACUACCCCGUGACGUCACAACCUCUGGCCAUAUUUAUCAUAUUUAUAGUACUAUGGCUACUAGGUUAUGUACUUAUGCCCGAAUAUGCGAUACCAAGUACCGCCAUAAUGCGUUUAAUACUUUUGAUUGUUGGUGCUCAAAUCACGGGUAUAUUAGUGACCUUUAUUAAAUUGCCUGAUAUGUUGGGUAUGUUGUUCUUUGGUGUUUUAUAUACAAAUGUAGGAUUGGCUGAUUUCAGUGGUUAUCAACGAUUGGAAGCAUUCUUGAGAGAAAUGGCCUUAAUUAAUAUAAUGCUAUUGGCUGGUUUUGGUUUAGAUGCCAAUGCUUUUAAAAAAUUGUGGUUUAUGAUAUUACGUUUAACUCUAAUUCCCACCAUUGCCGAAGUUACCAUAAUAACAGUUUUAGCUCAUUUCCUGUUAAAUAUGUCUUGGUUAUGGGGCAUUCUGUUGGGUCUCGUUAUUACAGCUGUCUCCCCUAAUGUCGUCGUCACCGUGAUGUUAAAACUAAAAGAAGAACGUUUGGGUCUAAACAAUGGCAUUCAUACACUUAUCUAUGCCAUGACCACUUGCAAUGAUGUAGUGGCCAUAUUUUUAUUUGGUGUAUUUUGUGGAGUAAUAUUCUCAACGGGUACUUUAACGGAACAAAUUCUGCAGGGACCUAUCGGUAUUGGUAUUGGCUUUGUAUUUGGUUAUGUAUAUGGUCUAAUGUUACAAUUUUUACCCUCCCGUAAUGCGAUCUAUGUAAAUGGUUUACGUUUUGUUUUGACUGUCUUGGGCGGUACCAUUGCCGUGAUGGGCAGUAAAACUAUCGGUUAUCCAUCUGCUGGCGCCUUAGGGUGUGUAACAGUUGCUUUCAUAGCUAGCAUUGGUUGGAAGCGUCAAGAGAAAAAAUUGACACCACAGCAACUACAAGCAUAUGAAAAUGCUAAUGUAGGCAAACGUCUUGACUUAAUGUGGAAAUUUUUAAAACCUGUCUCUUUCGCCCUAAUUGGCAAGGAAAUUAAUUUCACAGUUUUGGAUGGCAAAGUUGUAGGAUACGGAGUUUUGCUAGUAAUACUUGGAAGUGUGUUUCGUUUGGCUUUUGCAUAUUUAUCAACUUAUGGAGGAAAUUUAUCAAUAAAAGAACGUGGCUAUAUAACAAUUUCCAGUUUUCCCAAAGCAACAGUGCAAGCCGCCUUAGGGCCCAUAGCCUUAGAUUUGGCUCGUUCAUUGAAUGCUGAUGCGGCUACUUUAUCGUUGGCCAGUAAUGUUCUAAUCAUAUCCGUUCUGGCCAUUAUAUUCACUGCACCAUUGGGUGCUAUUUUAAUGUUACGUUUAGCACCAAUUUGGCUACAACGUAGUGCUACAAAUGACGAUAAUAUGGCUGAUGACAAUCGAGGAGGAAAUGUAAACAUGACCGUUGAGUACGAGAACAGUACAGCGGGCAAUGCCAAUAAUGAAGAGUUUUCGGGUAAUGACAAUUUAGACCGCCAUCAAAAGUCAGUUUAAAACCAAUAACAAUAACACAUAGUAGAAAUAAUAGAAAAUACAAAAAAAAAAAACCAACCAUAAGUAUAGCACAGGAUGAAUGAAAUGCUGUGACGUUGAACUUGUUAAAGUCUAAGUUUGCAUUAUAUUGAAAAAAAAAAAAAAAAAACAAACCUAAGAAGUUUAGACU